UAACAAAAACAAAUCGAGCAUUUUAUGAUCAAGACCGAAUUUAACUAUUGACACGAUAAAAAUUUUUAGAUAAGUAAUAUAAUAUGUUUUUUUUAAUAUAAAAAAAGAACAAAAAUCAAGAAUAUUCCUAAUGGAAAACGAGUGUGUUUCUUUAUCAGAGAUACAAACUGACAGAUCCUUCAGUAGUAGGACCUCUGUUAAUGAUUCCGAGAACAGAAACGAAAGUUCAGAGGAUUAUGAAAAUGAACAUAAUCAAAAGGUUCAGGACGACCUUAAUUUAAACUUAGAUCUUCAAAAUGUAGAGACUACUGAAAAAGGUGAUAUUUUAUACGACAAUACAUAUGAAAAACUAUCGGCUGUCUUAGAACAAUCGGAGAAUUCUUUAUCAAUGAAUAAAAAUUACGAAGAGUUCGAUGACAACGAAAAUGAGGAAUCUAAAUAUAUAGAUCGUGCUCUUCGGGAACGUAUUAAUUCGUUAAACGAAUUGAUGAUGUAUUUGAGAGAGGAAUUAAAAAAAGAAGUUACUCUUUGGAGAAAAGAAAGGGAAGAGUUUCAAUUAUUGAGAGAGCAAAGCGAUAUUUUUGCAUUAGAGGAAGCUACUGCAGCUGCACGUGCAGCUGCAGCUGCAUAUGCAGCCGAAUCUCCUCUUUCUAAUGAUAUAGAUUAUAUUAUUGAUGUAACAUCGGAGAAAGCAUUAACGGAGCUUACAAUAUUAGAAUAUGAGAAGAAACUUGCAAAAUAUCAGGAUACAUUAGCAUUAGCUCAAGCAGAGAAACGUUAUAAUAUGCAUCGUCAAGUGGUUGCCAAAGCUUAUGCACGGAGAUUGGCAGAAAUUGAACAACUGUGUAACGAAGAAUUGAAAAAGAUUCAACAAAAUGCAAGUAAUCUUCAACCGCUUAGAGAAAUGAUGUCCCAAUGGUAUACCGUUAAUAGAAAUCAUGGGGAUACAGCACAAGAAUAUAAUUUCAAUGUAGCAGAAAACAAAACUAAUGCACCUUGCACGAUAACGGAAUAUUCUAAUUUUCAUCUAAUCAAUGCAGAAGCAAAUAUGAUACCAGAGAUCUUAGUGACUAGAUUUAACAAUGACGAUCUAUCUAAAGGCGACAAAUCUUAAAAAGAUUUUCAAAAUCUUUUAAUAUCUAUUGUAAAUCAAUUUUAUAUGAUUAUUUAAUAAGAU